UCUUUGCAUUCACAACAAUUCAAUUCUUCAUAGAGAAUGGAUGUCCAGUUUAUGGACUACAUGUUAUAUUAAAAAAAAAGCAAAGGUUUUUGUAUUCAUAUCGCAAUUAAAAAAAGAAGAAAAGAAAAAAAAAAACAGAAGUUAAUAAAACAGAAAACAUCGAGUUUAUCGUCGUUAGUGCAUAUUUGUGCGUGUAUCAGAAGAACGAAAAGUAAAUAAAUAAAAAAAAAACAAAAGUGAAAUGAUUUAAAAAGACACACAAACAUAUAAAAACAUAACAUUUUAAUAUCUUCUUAGUACAAAUCUUUACUUCGAGCAAAUCACUAAAAAUUUUAACGUUAAUUAAACGCAUUUCUUACAAAGCUUUUAAAACUAAUCGUCCUUGAACUAAUUUUAAAUUAAUAUUAAACCAACGAACAACUACGAAAGAAACUAGAAAAAUGGCUUUAAGAUGUGCUGGUCUUUUCCUGGGCAAAGAACUUGCGUCCUCAGGCAAGCAAGUACGUGCAUUAAGUACUACUACCGCUCUGGGUCAGGGUAAUUUCUUGAAAAACUCUCCCAAUGCGGCCUUGGAUAAAACGAUUCUAGAUCGGUAUCGGAAAUUGGAAACACCUGUCGACCGAUAUCAGGCCACUUAUUUAUGGAUUGAUGGCACUGGCGAGAAUGUUCGUCUAAAGGAUCGCGUUUUAGACAAAAUCCCAUCAAGUGCUGCGGAUUUACCUAAAUGGCAGUACGAUGGCAGUUCUACUUAUCAGGCUUCGGGUGAAAAUUCGGACACAACUCUAGUACCUCGUGCCAUAUACAAGGAUCCUUUUAAACCUGGUAAAAAUGAUAUUAUCGUGAUGUGCGAUACUUAUAAAGCCGACGGCACGGCGACCGAAUCGAAUAAGCGAGCUUCUCUCCAAGCUGCCAUAGACAAAGUGACUGCUCAUGAGCCUUGGUUUGGCAUUGAACAGGAAUACACUCUGUUGGAUGUUGACGGCCAUCCCUUCGGUUGGCCGGCCAAUGGUUUUCCUGCUCCCCAGGGUCCCUACUAUUGCGGCGUAGGUGCCGAUCGUGUUUAUGCUCGCGAUUUGGUGGAAGCUCACGCCUUGGCUUGUUUAUAUGCGGGUGUUGACUUUGCCGGAACUAACGCCGAAGUAAUGCCUGCUCAGUGGGAAUACCAAGUAGGACCCAGCGUUGGCAUGAAAGCUGCAGAUGAUCUCUGGAUGUCACGUUACAUUCUCCAACGCAUUGCUGAAGAGUUUGGCGUUGUAGUCACCUUCGAUCCUAAACCUAUGGAAGGUCCUUGGAAUGGCGCCGGCGCUCAUACUAAUUUCUCUACUAAGGCCAUGCGAUCAGACGGCGGCAUGAAACCAAUAGAAGAAGCUAUAGAAAAAUUAAGUAAACGUCAUGAUCGCCAUAUAAAAGCUUAUGAUCCCAAAGAAGGCAAAGACAACGAGCGACGCUUGGUCGGCCGUUUAGAGACCUCGAGCAUUGACAAAUUCUCUUGGGGCAUAGCUAAUCGUGGCGUUAGUGUACGCGUACCACGAGGCGUAGCCAAUGCUGGCAAAGGCUACUUAGAAGAUCGUCGUCCCAGUUCUAAUUGCGAUCCGUACGCUGUGUGCGAUGCUCUUAUUAGAACCUGCUUACUAGACGAAUAAACUCAAUUACUUUAAAUGACGCGAACGACUUCUCGUAAAGAAGGAAACAGAUAUUUAUUAAAAAUUAUUAAGAGAGGAGAAACCAUUAAAAAACAUCAACACCUAUAAAAUUAACGUUAGAAUAGAACAAAAGAAAAGUAAAGUAAAGAAACAACAACAAUUGUCAUCCACACUUAUAUUAAUUUUUUAUUCUUUUGUUAUUAUUCUAUGUUAUCUUUUGUAAAUAGCCCUUAACAACUACUAAACUUAACGACAG